AUUUCAUCGUCCGCUCAGUCCUGAUUCACCCUCCAAGCGAACCUCUCUCCACCGAAUUCCCCCAUGAACUUUUUCGCCGAUGAAGCGCUCAGUCUCGACAGACUCCGUGCUGCUCUGAUGCGCAUGGAGGACACCAUCAUCUUUGGCUUGAUUGAACGCGCCCAGUUCAAGCACAACCCGAACGUCUACCGCUCGGGCGCCUUCUCGUUCCGCCGUCCGCAAGCGCAGCAAUCGGGUCUAUCAAGUGUAUCACCGUCGUCGUCGUCGUCAUCGGUCAAGCAGCAGGCACAGACUCGGACCGAGCACUCCACCACCUCGCUCGCCACAGCGACUGUGGUGGCAACGACGUCAUCGCCAGCCGUGCCUUCGUUCCUGGAUUACUUCCUCCAUGAAACGGAGAAACUGCAUGCAAGCGUCCGUCGCUACACCAGCCCCGAUGAAAAUCCGUUCUUCGACAACCUGCCGGAGCCCGUGCUUGAAGCGCUGGACUUUCCAUCCGUGCUGAAGCCAAACAAGAUUAACGUGAAUGCGCAGAUCAAGGAGAUGUACAUUGAACAGCUUGUGCCAGCCCUGUGCCAGUCGGGAGAUGACACAAACUACGGAUCCUCGGCAACAUUGGACGUCCAAUGCCUCCAAGCCGUGUCCCGCCGCAUCCACUAUGGCAAGUUUAUCGCCGAAGCCAAGUUCUCCGACCCAAAGCACACCGACGAGUAUACCCGGCUGAUUCGCGAGGGAAACGCCGAUGGCCUCAUGGCGCUGCUCACCAACAAGGAAGUCGAGCGAAAAUUGCUCACUCGCUUGCACAACAAGGCCAAAAUGUACGGUCAGGACGUCGACAACCUCGCAUCCGACUCGUCGCACAGCAAAAUCAACCCCGCGCUGGUUGUCGAGCUGUACGAAAAGUGGAUUAUUCCGCUCACCAAAAAGGUCGAGGUGCAGUAUCUCCUGCAGCGUUUGGACGAGGACGAGCCUGCAGACCUUGAGGAUGAGGAGGCCGACGAAUCCUUGGCUCUCGAGGCCGAAGACCAGGUGGUUGCUCCAACGGCGGUCGUUCCCGAGAUUAGCGUCGUUGCGGCAGCCAAGCCGUCAGCGCUUGGCCGUGUGCGAGCCGCCGAUCAACUGCGCUCCAAACAACGUGGCAGCGAAACGCGCUUCUACUUUCUGGAAACGCCCGUCAGCGACGUGACCACAACAACUGGCAACCGGCCCCGCGCUACAUCCGAUCUGCAGUAGUGUGCCAUUGAGUUUGAGGAUUUGAAUUAUUUUUUUUUUCGUUGUGGUGUUGUUGGUGGUGGUGUUGUUGUUGGUGGUGGUGUGUUGUUUGCCAUUGUCCUUCGCUUCGGCUUGUGUCACGCUUUGCUCAAGAUUACAGCCAAUUUUUUGCUAAAAG